AUGCUAUUCCUCCUCACCCCCUUUCUCAACUUCCUAUCACCUCCUCCUGCGUCGCCAGUGGCUGACACUGCAUUCUUACCAAGGCAGCUGAGUCGUAUGCCCAAGGAACAUUCAGAGAGAUUCGAGGCAGCUGCAGGCUCUCACAAACCCCUUGCAUCUCAUCGCCAGCGUGGAGAGGAAUGGGUCACAGAGAUGUAUGCAUCCCUGGAUAGCAGAGACCCAACCUACCUCGACACCUACAUCGGAGAAAACGCUUCCUUCAUCUACAACACAUCGCCUCCCAUAAUCGGGAAAGACGCCUUGCAGCGGCUCAUAAACUGGGAAUGCAGCGCUACCAAAAGUUUUGUGCACAACAUCCGCCGAACCGUGGUAGUCCCAGACCUAACGAUCGCGGAAGCCGAGCUCGUGUACGUAUUUCUCGAUGGAACAGAAAUUAAACUGAACAUGGUGACUGUCUUUGAGAAAGCUCCAGAGGACAAACGGGUCAAUGGCGAAGUCAGAAUCUACGGCGAUUUCACUGCAGCCGGAAAGAAGUUAGUGGAAAACGGCGGACCUCGCCCCAAUCUCGCAACCAGUCUCUAGGUUGGAACCAUCCCCAUUACCUUACCAUCCCGAUGUUUCUUGUACCUAGCUUACGCACGAUCACCACCAUGUCAUGGAAAA